AUGGAAUACGAAGACCUAUCCUCCCCUCGAAGCAGCGUUAAGCUAUCAAAUCAAUCACAAUGGCAGGCCUGGAUCAGGAAUAUUAAAUACGACUGUGAAGGACUACAAAUUUGGGGAAUUUGUGAUCCAGACGGUGAUGAGACGCCUAUGGAUCCCCCUAUACAACCAACGGAAGAUGAUGCUCUAGCAUUGACCACCCCUGGACAGAAGUGGGCUGGAACACAGGUCUAUCAGGUCUAUCAAGUCUAUCAGAUGAUGAUGACUAGAUACAAUGCAGAGAGGUCUAAAUUCGACAAUCAGACCAAAGGCCUUUAUCAGAUCAGGAAGAAAAUCAAUUUUACCCUAGAUCCCAGCUUCCAUAAUGAACUCUUACAAUUAGAGAGUGUACGCGAGCAAUUGAGGGCAAUUCGAGCCCGAUUUCCGCCUAAAUUGGACCCAUAUUACGUGAAGAGCAUCAGGAAGCAAUGGCUAGACAUUACAAAGGGUCCGGCGAAGGGCAUCGAUAUGUUAAAAUGGCUCCGUCAAUGGGAGACCUUGAAACCUGAAAUUAUUGAGGCAGGUUGGACUACAGUUCAGGAUUCAGCCCGUUUAGAAUUUCUUGAAGCUAUUCAAACAAUCGCACCCGAGUUCUACGACCAAUGGGACCAUGAGUUCACAGUCAACGACAAGCAGACUACUUUCGAAGAGCUAGUCACCUAUUUCAGGGGCUAUUGGAGCCAAAAGUCAUUACAAAACUCCGCGGCAUCGACUACCGACGAGACUGGCAAUAGACAUACAGACUUCACAAGGCAAUGCCCAUGUGGCAGGAAAUUUCAUAGGCCUUGGAUGUGCUAUACUUUGAACCCAAAGGCUCGCUCACAAGGCUAUACGGUCAAUAAGGAAGCAGAAAAACGGACGAAUGAUGAGGUUGAUCAGGAUCCUGAUUACCGAAAGUGGCUUGAUGAAAAGAUCAAGGCAUAUAAUGAUGCAAAGGCCAAUAAUUCAAAGGCCAAUGAUCCAAAGCCUAUGGAUCAGGAAGACGACCAGGUCUUGUAUACCGGCGCUACUUUCUUCUAG